AUAUGUUACGCCGACGACACGUUGGUCGUGGCUCCGGGGAGGGACUACCGGGAGUCUGCCCGUCUGGCGUGCGCAGGCGUGGCACACGUCGUCACUAGGAUCCGACGGUUGGGGCUCGAGGUGGCGCUCGAUAAAACCCAGGCCCUGCUUUUUCACGGGCCGGGACGAGCGCCGCCUGUGGGUGCCCACCUCGUGAUCGGAGGCGUCCGCGUCGGGGUUGGGGUGACCGGUCUUCGGUACCUCGGCCUCGAACUGGAUAGUCGGUGGAACUUCCGCGCUCACUUUGAGAAGUUGGGCCCUCGACUGAUGGCGACGGCCGGCUCUCUGAGCCGGCUGCUUCCAAACGUCGGGGGUCCCGAUCAGGUGGCGCGCCGCCUCUACAUGGGGGUGGUGCGGUCGAUGGCACUAUACGGGGCUCCCGUAUGGUGCCGCGCCCUGACCCGCAAGAACGUCGCGGCUCUGCGACGUCCGCAGCGUGCGAUCGCGGUCAGGGCGAUCCGAGGAUACCGCACCGUCUCCUUCGAGGCGGCGUGCUUGCUCGCCGGGGCGCCACCCUGGGACCUGGAGGCGGAGGCGCUCGCUGCCGAUUACAGGUGGCGUAGCGACCUCCGCUCUAGGGGGGAAGGGCGCCCCGGCGAAGGUGUAGUUCGAGCGCGGAGGCUCCACUCUCGGCGGUCCGUGCUGGAGGCGUGGUCUCGCCGCUUGGCGGACCCGUCGGCCGGCCUCCGAACCGUCGAGGCGGUCCGCCCGGUUCUCGCGGACUGGGUGGGCCGCGACCGCGGAUGCCUCACCUUCCGGCUAACGCAGAUGCUUACCGGCCAUGGUUGUUUCGGCCGGUACUUGCACAAGAUAGCCGGAAGGGAACCGACGGCGCAGUGCCACCACUGCGCGGACCGCGACGAGGAAGACACAGCGGAACACACGCUGGCGCGUUGCUCUGGAUUCGACGAGCAACGCGCCGCCCUCGUCGCGGUCAUAGGAGAGGACCUCUCGCUGCCGCGCGUCGUGGCUACGAUGCUCGGCAGCGACGCGUCCUGGAAGGCGAUGCUCGACUUCUGCGAGUCCACCAUCUCGCAGAAGGAGGCGGCGGAGCGAGAGAGGGAGAGCUCUUCCCUUUCCGCACCGAUCCGUCGCCGUCGAGCCGGGGGCCGGAGGCGGGAAUACGCCCGUACGUCCCGGCCCCUGUAGGUGGCGGCCUCCCCCCGGUGAAGGUCAAGGGGCGACCUGAGGGGGUGAGGCCGCGCGGCGCGCUACCAGCACUCUAGCGCGCUGCCGUGGAGUGAAUAGAGCGACCGGUCGACGGUGUAUCGCGUCCCGACCCGGCAGGCUGGUUCUGGUCCAGCGGGGUAUUUCGGGACACCAGCGGCACCGUCUGGGCGGCCCGACGGGCUGCCGUACCGAGACGGCCGACGUUUCAGAGCCUUCGAUUCGCCUCGAAGGCUCCGUCGGCUGGGCGUCCUUGGGGUGAGCCGCGCCGUAUGGUUGUAGUGUUGACCGCGGUAGCCCCCCUACCUCAUCCGGGUUCUGACCUCGGAGGGGAUCGGACGUCGGGUGUAAGAGUGCAGGGGAGUCGUUUAGUGGGUGGGCUCUAAAAUCCUUGGGCCCGCGGUCUGCUCACAACACCAUGCAGAUCGUUGAGUCUCACAUACCCCGCGCGCCCCAUUUGCGCGGGGACCUCGUAGGAGGUUCGGCCCUCUACCCGAAAAAAAAAAAAAAAAAAAAAAAAAAAAAAAAAAAAAAAAAAAAAAAA